ACCUAAAAUUAUGUUUUGUGUGUUCGAAGAAGAAAUCGAAGGAAAAGAAUGGCGUACGCAGCGAUGAAGCCAACUAAGCCUGGGUUGGAGGAGCCCCAGGAGCAAAUUCACAAGAUCCGUAUCACUCUUUCCUCCAAGAAUGUAAAGAACCUCGAGAAAGUCUGUGCUGAUUUGGUUCGUGGCGCUAAAGACAAGAGGCUCAGGGUCAAGGGACCAGUGAGAAUGCCUACCAAGGUUCUUCAUAUUACUACCAGGAAGUCACCUUGUGGUGAAGGUACUAACACAUGGGAUAGGUUUGAGCUCCGUGUACACAAGCGCGUGAUUGACCUCUUCAGCUCCCCGGAUGUGGUUAAGCAGAUUACCUCUAUCACAAUUGAACCUGGUGUUGAGGUUGAGGUUACCAUUGCUGAUUCUUAGACUUGACGCGCCUUGUCUCGGAUGUAUUUCUAUCGUUCGUUAGCAGCAAAUUCUGUGCUAGAUGAACUUGCAUUUCGACCAUAGCUGGGUAUUAUAACAAUGUUAUGAUAGGAGUUUUGCUAUACAGUUUUGGAUGUGAAUGGGAACUUGGUUAUUUUAUGUUUACUCUUUAGACCAAUUAAUGCAUAUUACUUUUUGAAUGAUCUGAUAA